GUUGUAGACGGUGGAAUGUCCGAAUGGGGGUCAUGGAAUGUUCCUGCGUGUCCACCACUGACAUGUGAGAACCCGACCAGCCUCCGGAAUGCGACCAGGACCCGAUCCUGCAACAACCCUUCCCCCACCGUUGCCGGUAGACCCUGCAGCGGGGACACGACUGAGGCGGAGAGGAGAGACUGUCGUCUUUUAGACUGUGGUUACGGCACAAUAUCUCCUGUUGUAAUUGGUGUUGCUGUAGGGGCUGCUGUUGCUCUUGUGAUACUGAUUGCAGUCAUCGCUGUAUGCAUCAAGCGGAGACAGAGACAGAAGGAAUACAACCGACAUUACAACGCUGCACAACCAUCAGAGCUCCAGUUAACUCACUACAACCUUGAACUUCUGGCCGUGUUGGGUGAAGGUCACUUCGGGAAGGUCUGGAAGGCCAAGGCCAAUGGGAUUCUACACACAGGUCAAUGUGACAUCGUUGCUGUUAAAAUAUGUAAAGAUAAUGCAUCUGAGACGCAGUGGACCAACUUCUACCGUGAAAUUAAACUGAUGAAGUCUUUACCGAAAUACUUCCAUGUGGUGAAUUACCUUGGCACCAACCACACACAAGAUUCCCGUAUGCUGAUAAUGGAAUACUCGCCUUUGGGAAAUCUCCUUCAGUUUUUACGCAAGAAACGCCUCAAGGUCUCCAGAUCCGCCUUCACACCGUUAUUGUCCAACGACUCAGAGAAUCAAAGCAAUGAUGAUGAAAGUGCCAACCUUGGUCUGACUUCGAAACAACUGACGAUGUUCGCCUAUCAGAUAGCAAAGGGGCUUAGACAUCUUCAUAGGAACAAAAUAAUUCAUCGUGACGUGGCUGCCAGGAAUGUGCUACUGUUUGACAACUUGCAAUGCAAGGUCGCCGACCUUGGUCUGGCGCGGCAUCUGUCCGACUCUGAUGGCGACGUUUACGAGACUAAAUCGGAGGGGCCCCUCCCUGUGCGCUGGAUGGCCCCUGAGUCUCUCCGAGACCGCAUCUACACCUCCAAGUCUGAUGUUUGGUCCUACGGCAUCCUGCUCUGGGAGAUUGUUACACUCGGGGGCAGCCCAUACCAAGGGAGGUCGGCCCGCCAGGUCGUGCAGGACGUACUGAAUGGACAGACGAUGUCCAGGCCUGACCACUGUGCCCCCGAGAUGUUCUCUCUGAUGAAGAAGUGUUGGCGACAGGAUCCGGAGUCCAGACCGGACUUUGAGGCUCUGAGCCGACACCUCGACACCCUGUUGGAGGAGUCUAGCAACUACAUCAAGCUGCUGGACUACCAGGAUCACCUGUACACGAUCAUCCAGGGGUCGUCUAAAAGUGAUGCAGAAGAAAAACUCUGACAAUUUUUAAUUGAUGUGCAUCCAUCAAAUUGAAACUACCCAUAGUAUAAUAUCUACUGAGUCAAAAAAGAAACUUCACAUUCUUCUUCAGGGCACUAUAAAAGAACAAGAGAUGGUAAGAUGGUUAA